AUGCGGCGCUUCGGCCGCCGCAAGUCGUGGCUGGUGCCCACGCAGUACGUGCUGGGACUGUUCAUGAUCUACCUGUCCACGCAGGUGGACGCGCUGCUGGGCGACGGGCAGGGCCGCGGCCCCGACGUGGUGGCUCUGACCGUGACUUUCUUCCUCUUCGAGUUCCUGGCCGCCACUCAGGACAUCGCCGUGGACGGCUGGGCCCUCACCAUGUUGUCCCGGGAGAACGUGGGCUACGCCUCCACCUGCAACUCGGUGGGACAGACGGCCGGCUACUUCCUGGGCAACGUGCUCUUCCUGGCCCUGGAGUCAGCCUCCUUCUGCAACAAGUACCUGCGCUUCCAGCCCCAGCCCCGAGGCAUCGUCACCCUCUCAGCAAAGGUUGGAUUUUCAGCAGCAGAUGCAGUAACAGGACUCAAGUUGGUGGAAGAGGGAGUACCUAAGGAGCAUCUGGCUCUGCUGGCGGUUCCAAUGGUUCCUUUACAGAUAAUACUGCCUCUGAUUAUCAGCAAAUACACAGCAGGCCCGCAGCCGCUGAACACGUUUUACAAAGCUAUGCCUUUUAGAUUACUUCUUGGGUUGGAAUUUGCUUUUCUGGUGUGGUGGACUCCUAGAGUAAGACAUGAAGGAGGAUUUCCUAUCUACUACUAUGUUGUAGUACUGCUGAGCUAUGCUUUACACCAGAUCUCUCUGUACAGCAUGUAUGUUGCAAUAAUGGCUUUUAAUGCCAAAGUCAGUGAUCCACUGAUUGGAGGAACCUACAUGACGCUCCUCAAUACUGUGUCCAAUCUGGGAGGGAACUGGCCAUCCACUGUUGCACUCUGGCUUGUUGAUCCACUCACGGUUAAAGAGUGUAUAGGAGCCCAGGACCAGGCCUGUGGGAAUGCACUUGAGGCAGAACUCUGCACAAAAGCUGGCGGUUCCUGUGUCACCACCCUGGACGGUUACUACGUGGAAUCUGUCGUCUGUGUCGUUCUGGGGUUCGGUUGGUGGUUCCUGCUGGGGCCAAAGUUCAAAAAGCUGCAGGAUGAAGGACAGUCUGCAUGGAAGUGCAAGAGGACCAACUGA